AUGGCAGCUCUGCGGGCUUUGAACAGGCACUUGCUUCAGGCGCCGCGCAUGCUGGCGCGUCAUGCGCCUGCAGCAUCCUUCGCAAGUGCACAGUUCAAGGUGUGCAUCAAUGGAGGUGCAGGAGGGAUUGGGCAACCACUGACCAUGCUCAUGGCCAUGAACGAGUCGGUCAAAGAGGUUUCCGUCCAGGACGUCACCAUGGCUGCAGUGCCUCCUGCAGGAGUUGCAGCGGACCUUGGCCAUCUCGAGUUUCCAAGCAAGGUGGUCGGCUACGCCACGGACCCCUCCAAGCCUGCGGUGGACCAGUUGGAAGAGUGCCUGACGGGAUGCCACCUUGUGCUCGUGCCCGCCGGAGUGCCUCGAAAGCCAGGCAUGACUCGCGAUGACCUCUUCAACGUGAACGCUGGCAUUGCCAAGGGCGUCGUGGAGGCUUGCGCGAAGUUCUGCCCGGACGCAGUCAUUGGGCUCAUUGUGAAUCCUGUGAAUUCCAUUGUGCCUGCAAUGGCCCAGCUGUACAAGAACAAAGGUCUUGACCCACUGAAGAUUGUGGGCGUGACUUCCCUGGACAUUGUCCGCGCAAACAAGUUCGUCGCCGAGAUCACGGGCAAGUCGCCCACGGAGAUUGAGGUUCCAGUCAUCGGUGGGCAUGCAGGUGUGACCAUCAUGCCAGUCUUCUCUCAGGACCCCACGUCUGCAACGAUCUCUGCUGACAAGAUCCCAGCACUGGACAAGCGCACCCAGGAUGGUGGCACCGAGGUUGUGGAGGCCAAGGCUGGCAAAGGCAGCGCCACGCUGUCCAUGGCCUACUCCGGCGCGCGCUUCGGGAGCAAGGUCCUGAAGGGCCUGGCUGGCACUCCGACGGAUGAGUGCGCCUACGUGGCCUCCACAGUUACGGAACUUCCGUACUUCUCGUCCAAGGUGACCUUUGGCACCAAGGGAGUUGAGACGAUCCAUGGCAUCGGCACCCUGAACAGCUAUGAGCAGGGCCGACUAAAGGAGGCAAUGGACCAGCUCAGCAAGGAAAUCGACAAGGGCUUGGAGUACGCAAAGGCCAACUGCUGA